GAUGAAAGUAAAAAAAAUAUAGUCAAGCGAAAACUGUUUGAAAAACCUGUAGCUUUAAGUUUUUGUUUUUUUAAAAAAAAUGUUUUGUGUUUUAUUUUAUUUUUUGAAGUGGUUGUAUUUUUUUCUAGAUUGUCAAACCCUAUGUACCUGAAAACAUCUAUAAAGCUCCUCAAAUCUAUGCUCCUCAAGUGGUUGAAACAAUACCACUUGAGGAAACAGAUGAACGAUUGUAUGAAGGAGAGCUGGAAUUAAUUGAGGAUAUUCCAGAAAUAGACGAUGAACAAAUGCGUAUACUUGAUCAUAUUAUGAUGCGAAUCGAUCAUCAUUUAGAUGACAAUAGAAUGGAUAGAAAUAAUAGGUACUUUGCACUUAAUCGAGACGCGACAUCGAGACGCGAGAUAUGUAUAGGAUGCUGCCUGUGCGAAGAAGAAAGCGAGCACAAUCAUUGUUGUGUAACAACCGUGUGCCCGUACGUACAAGAACUAUUUGAACGGUGCCGCGGUUGUUGCUAUUGUAUAUAAAAAUUUGUAAAUAAUUGUAAAUUUGUAAAUAAAAAAUUCAUUUAUUAAAAUGUCUUUUGAUGCGACGGACGAUUGUUUGUUAUAUUUAUAUCAAGUCAAUUUAGAUUUAAAAAAAUAUUUACAGGAAACGCAUUUAAAUCAAGGUAUUUGGAUGGAUAAAGUUCUUUUAGCCGAAGAAAGCGAAUUGGAUAGUUGUAAAAGAGUAUACGGUUUUUAUAUUAAAUAUCCAAAAGUUAUAAAGACAUAUCAAAAAGAGUUGAUAAAAGUUAUUGAUAUGUUAUUUGAAUGUCUUCCGUAUCGCGUAUUUUAUUCCAACACGUGUUAUCAUAACUAUAGUGAAGUCAUUGAACAUUGUCUUGAUGUGUUAAAGACAUUUCAUUAUUAUUUUACUUGUAUAGAUAAAUUGUAUAAAAAAAUAAACUAUGUAAAUAGUUUAAAAAUAAUAGUUCAACAAUUGUGUUAUUAUUGUGAAGGAUUAGUUGAAGGAUUAUAUUUUCAAAAAGAUGUAUUGGAAUGUUAUCAUAUUAUAAAAGAUGAGAGAGACAAUAUAUUAAAUGAAAAAAUUUAUUAAUGUAAAAUUUUGUUUUUUCUCAUACAAAACUUUUAACAUUUAACAUUUAAAAAUAAUAUUUAUUUAGAUGCAACUAAAGUAGACGUUCUUAAUAUCAAAUCAGAAUUGGAUGAAAAAUGUGAACAAUUAAAAAAAUUUAAACAUCAACAAAAAGAACAAGACACUUAUGAAGAAAAACCUCAACGUAAAAAAAAUGUUAUUAAAAAAAACGAAAUUGAAAAACCAAAACGUAAAAAAGUAAAAUAUUCAGAAGAUGAAAGCGAAAGUUCUGAAGAAGAAUAUGUUGAAAAAAAACCAUCCAAAACUAAAGUUGCGUUAAAUUCACACGUAUGUGCUCAAUGUGUUCAAGAAGUUAAAGCUGUAGACGCUAUUCAUGGUUUAUGCAGAAACUGUAUUAUACAACAAAGAGCUAUUUUAUCCAGUCCUUUUAUGCAAAAUAACGUUGAAAAAAAAAGCAAAAAAGAUAAAAUAAAUAAAAAAAAUUUAAUUGAACUUGGUUACACGCGAGCUUUAAAAGAUGUUAAAAACAAAAAAUUACCAUUUAAAAAAAUACUUCCGACUCGGAAGAUGAAUAAAUAGAAAUAAAAAAACAUUGUAAAAAAAUUUUUUCAUUUUUUUUUUAAGAAUAAAAGAAAAUAUUAUAUUAAGAUGGGUUCUCUAGCAAAAUACAUGAGAGCGGGAGAUGGUAACCGUUAUACGCCUAACCAUAACGGUCCCGUUACCAUUGAUGAUUUUUUACAAAAAGCAGAAGACGAAAAUCGUCUUUUGCAAGAAGCUACAAGCGGUAGCCUUAGUGAAGAAAUGAAAGAAGCCUUGAACGAAAAAUAUCCUGGUUUUAUGACUGCUGUAGCUCAAGACGAAGUCAUUAAAACAGAUAUUCAAAAAUUUACUCCUGAUUUAACUUCUGAAUUAAAAAGUUUAAUUACGUUUACUAUGAAACUCAACGAAUGGACAAUACCGGAAGAUUAUAUUUUUGAAUUUGAUGUUCAUUUGUUUAAAAACAUAAACACAAAAACAAGAUUUAAUACAACAGCAAAUCAUGCAGAUCUUGCAUUAUUAAAACUAUUUUGUUUGGUAGAAGGUUUUGCUUUUCACAUAUACAAAAAUACAAGAACAUAUCUAAAUUAUCAAAAAAAUAACUCUAUGCCUGCUAAUAACGUUAUAAAUAAUCGAGCAUACCAACGAUUUAAAACAAUGUUUGUUAAAAAAAGUUAUAUGAAAGCUUAUAGAGAGCACAUGCUUAAUCAUAAUUUAGCAUUUACAGAAAAAACAAUUAACAGACCAACUUGGGUUGAAAUAAGAGAUCUUAUGAAAUCUAACGAUGUUAAUGCGGUCAUAAGAGCAAUGAAUAGUACCGUUAUACCUGAAUAUCAAACAUUUCUACAAGAUACCUAUAAUGCUUUGAUGAACGGAGACAAAGGUUUUCGUUUUAGAGUACCCUUAUUUUUGUUAUGUGAAUUUUUUCAAAUUAAAAGUUAUUAUGGAAAAGGUAAAGAAUUAAAAAUUGAAUUUACUGUUGAACAAGAUAUAAUCAACUUUUAGAAUAUAUAAGACCUAUAACUGAUGUACAAAUGGAAUCUUUAGCUAAUGUUGGAUUAGAAAUUAGAAAUCCUGCAAUUUGGGUCAAUACUUACCGAAUCAAAGCCAGUUUACCUUUAGAAAAAUCUUUAUAUAUAAACAGUUACCCAGAUCAACUUUAUACUAUAGCACGUUUUGCUCAUUACGAACAAGUUAUAACUAACGUAGAAGGUACAGAUACCGUUACCAUAAAUUUAGGAAAUAUAAAAACAGCUGACCUCAUUGUGUUUUGUUUUCUGUUCAAUCAAAAAAAGAAAGCGAUCAUCUUACUAAAACUUCUAUGACACCUGUUGAAAUGGCUUGCACUAUGAUUAAAAAAAUUACUUUUCAUAAUUUUAGAAGAACUUUUGUCAAUUCUUCAGGUGACACUUAUGUAAUUGAUUUAGAAAACAAAGUAGAAGAUCAACAAUUAUGUUAUCGUAGUUAUGUUUCAUGGUGUAAAGGAAAUACACCUUCUACUCUUAAUAUUAAUAAUUUUGCAGAUUUUUAUACAAGUGACGAUGACAGUUUUAUUAGAAAUCCUAAUGAUUAUUUCAGUCAAACGCGUAACAUAACAGAACCUUUAGCUGUUGACACCACUAGCGAUUAUAAUUAUGUUAACGACAAACCUCCAGCUACCAUUCAAGGAAACAAUUCCUUACAAAUUACCGUUGAUUUUGUUACCAGUUUCAAAGGUCUCAUAACUCUGUACCUUCAACAUGCAGCACAACUGAUUCAAACUGGAACAGGAGAAGACGAAAAUUACACAUAUUAUCCUUUUAAAUUUAAAUCAUCAUAACACCUUUUACAACAUUUUUAUUUUAGUUAAAUUAACCAUGUUUUAAUUGUAUUUUUUUAUGCACGCACGACUAUUUAAUUUAAAAAAAUAUAAAAAAAAAACAUUUAUAUUUGUUCUUUCUCAAAACUAAUUGUAUGGCGCGAAGACGGUAUCGUAAAAGAAGAGGUCGCAAACAUCGAGGUAAAGGAAAAAUUAUAACUAGUGUUAAAAAUCUUGCCAGACGUUUACUUAGAUCAGACGUGGGAGGUUUAGCGUUAGAUUAUUUGCAAAAACAACGUAAUGCGUAGAUUGUGUAGAAAAAGAGUUCAUAAAAGACGAGGAAAAGGAAGAGUUUAUUUACCUCCGUUAAAAGGAGCCGGUAGAAGGAAACGAAUACGCGGUAAAUUUCUUCCGAUAUUAGGCGCUUUAUUGGGUGGUAGUUUACUAUCUUCUAUAAUACGUUAAAAAAAACACUUGUACAAAAAAAAAAUUAUUUUUAAAAUGCGUAAAAGACUAAGAGGAAAAAGACAUAAAAGACGUUUAAAAAGACGUUACAAAAAACGAUUGCGUGGAAAAUUUUUAGGAGCAAUAGGUGCAAUUGCUUUAAGACUUUUACCAAGACUUUUACCUAUAGUAGGAAGAGCCGCUUUGGGUGGUGCAGUUUCGGGAGGAAUAUCUUAUGGAAUCAAUCAAAUUGGAAAAUAAAAUAAAAACAUUUCUUUGUAUCAUUUUAAUUUAUUAAAUAUUGUAUUACAACC